AUGUCCUACACCUCCACCAGCUCCGAGGAUGACAAGCCACUGUCCGGGCUCUUGACUGCCGUUCGCUUGCAAGCCGCAUAUGCUGAGAAUCCUCCGCACAUGAUAGGACCGGCCUCCUCUGCCCGCAACCUCCACGGCGUGGUGAACGACCUGCAAGUCCUUCCGCAGAUGCAACCUACAGCAGCCAAGAUUGUCAACUAUGCCCGAAGUCCACUAUGGAUCAGUAGCACAUUCGCCUCAGAGUUCACACCGGAGGGAAAGAACUUUACAUACACUAAACAAGAGAUCCAGGCAUUCAAGGAUGACGAGGAAAUGUUUUUCCAGCUCCGGCAUAGUAUCGAGCAUUCAAUGAACAAGUUCUUCAGGGUGUCUGUCAAGGACAGCCCAGAGCAAAGAUACGCCUUUCGGGAAUUCAAGGCAAAGAUGGAGGCCGUACUCAAUCAUGACCCUGAUCUGUGUGCCAGGCUUAUCCCGACAUUUCAACUCGGCUGCCGGCGACUGUCUCCCGGUGAGAACUAUCUCGAAGCACUACAGUAA